AUGAACCGCUUACUGCCCAAAGAGCCGAAAUGGACAGAAUCUGCAGUUAAUCCGCAAUGCAUGAUUAAUGACAUCGGGAUAUCGAAGGAACCCACGUCAUCGCAGCAGGACAACACGAUUAAGAAGUACGAGGAAAAAAAUUCACGGCUAAAACAUGGGAUGAAGGAGCAGGAGAACACCAUCCACAACCUUGUACGGCACCACAAAGAAACCGUGGGCCAGUUUGAUUAUAACAUGGCAAGGAUGGCAUACCAGCUCCAGAAACAGGCAAAGAUGAUCACCGACCUUGAGUGGCAGAAAGGAAUGCUGCUUCGGAAUCUCGAGGAACAGACCAGAAUAUCGUAUGCACUAGGACAGCAAGAUACGAAGACGAGGGAAGUCUUCGGUAACAUUUCCAGCACGAUGUUCUUGGAGUUCGAUAGACAGAAAGGCAUAAUUGACGAAAAAACGAGCGCUAUCCUCGAACUUGAAGCACAGAAACGAAAACUCGCUGGCGAUCUUGAGCUACAAAAUGGAAAGAUCGCUUUGGUGCUUGAAUAUCUCACAAAAAACAGUGAAGAAUGUGCCUCUCUCUGGGACUAG